CGGCGGCAGUGGCAGGGGCUGGCAGUCAGUGCGGGCAGUGAAUGCUGUGUGAGCGGCGGCUGCUGUGUGGGAUGUGACAGCCGUUCCGGGUCUGGGUCUCCGCAAUUCUCUCACUACACCGGGGAUGAGUUCCGGGACCAUGCCGGCCGGGAUGUGCCUCCUCCUGCUGCCCUAUGUUAUUAGCAUUGCUGCCGCACACAGCCCCAAAGAGAGUGCACAGUCUGCUGCGACUCCUGAAAGUGGCUCAUAUGUACCAAUACCUUUAGAACUCGGAGAAAUUGUAUUUGUGAUACAAAGCCAGAGUAACUCGUUCCACAAAAAGCGAGCCAAAGACCUGAAAGAAAACCUAUUAAGACAGGCCGCAGAAAUCGGCAAGAAAUUACCCAAAGUGCUGCUGCUUCAUGAGACUGCUGAAAAUGAGGGUGCAUGGACUGUUCUACCGGUCAUACCAUAUUUUGCAGAUAAUUAUGGCAGAAAUUCUUCCUGGAUAUUUUUCUGUGAAGAAGACACAUCAGUGAACCUUAGAAAACUAUUGGAAACAUUGCAACGAUUUGAGAAGUCUAAGGAAUUUUUUUUGGGAAAAGUACUAUAUGAUGAAGAGUCUACUAUAAUCCAUCAUUAUGCCUUUGCUGAAGACCCUAAGUUUUUUAAAUAUCCAGAUUUUGCUGCAGGCUGGGCUCUCAGUAUGCCACUUGUAAAAAGGCUUUCAGAGAUUCUGCUUAAGGAUCCGCCCAAUUCUGACUUUACUAUAGACCUGAAGCAUGAGAUUGCACUUUACAUAUGGCAGAAAGUUGAUGCCUUGGAGCUUACACCAGUACCAGAGUUAUGUACAGAAGAUCCUAACUCCCUUAAAGCAACAGAAUGUGCCACCACUUUCUCCAGCACCUUACCAGUCUGUGGCAAACCGGUGAAGAGAGAGGAUAUAUUUGUUGCUGUGAAAACAUGCAAAAAAUUUCACAAAGAUAGAAUACCUGUUGUCAAGCAGACUUGGGAAAAGAAUGCUGUGCAUCUUGAAUAUUACAGUGAUUACGCUGAUCCCACAAUCCCUACAAUAGAUUUAGGAAUUCCAAAUGUUGAAAGAGGACACUGCGGAAAAACCUUUGCAAUUUUGGAACGGUUUCUGAAAUCAAAUCUUUUACAUGUACGGUGGCUGGUAGUAGUGGACGAUGAUACACUUAUCAGCCUCCCGAGAUUACAGAAGCUGCUAAGUUGCUAUGAUUGUAACGAGCCUGUCUUAUUGGGAGAACGAUAUGGUUAUGGAUUAGGAGCCAGGGGUUACAGUUAUAUCACUGGUGGAGGCGGAAUGGUGUUUAGCCGAGCAGCUGUGAAGGAAUUUAUUGACAGUAAAUGUCGGUGUUAUAGCAAUGAUGCACCUGAUGAUAUGGUGCUUGGCAUGUGUGCCAGUGGCCUGGGAAUUUCUGUCACUCACAACCCUUUAUUUCAUCAGGCACGACCAGCUGACUAUUCUAAAGACUACCUUUCCCACCAAGUUCCCAUAUCAUUCCACAAGCACUGGAACAUUGACCCCGUCAAAGUGUACAAAAUCUGGCUGGCACAAAACAAAAAAGAGGAACCACAAAAAAGAAAAUUUUCAAAGGAAGAGCUAUGAGAUGAUAAUGCCCACACACCGUAAGAAUAAGUGCAAAACUGUUUUUAGUUUCACAAAUUUCAGAUUUUACCAGGAAACCAUUUUGUGGAUUGAAGAAGUAAUUCUGUGAUGAACUCCCUCCAUUCCCAAGAAACUAACAGCAUCAGUCUGUGCUGCAUGUGUCAGUGAUGGUUCCGAAUGGUAAUCUAUGAUGUGAUGAUUCAGGGCACUCAAUGGCCACUAUGACCUUGUAUAAUAGGCUAAUACUACAUUUUAGAGGGUUUACACCAAUGGUAGUUUGUGUACAUUUAAUAAAAGGGUUGCAACAGUGAAGUUGUUUUCACAUGCUUUGUCUGGUAGUGCAAUUCAACAAUGGAUUAACUGCAAUACCAGAUACAGACUAUGGACAAGAGCGGUGUGUUUCUUAAAAUUUUUUUUCCCUAAUUCCAGACAGUGCAUUUAGAGGGUUUAUCCAGCCUUAGGAAAUUGAUGACCUAUCCUCAGGGUAGCCCAUCAAUAUUAGAUUGGAGGGGGUCUGGCUCUUGGCACCCCUACUGAUCAGAUAUUUUAAGGGACAACAGUGUUUAUGCUGAAGAGAGGUCAUACAUUUUUAAGGCUGUAUAAGCCCUUUAACCCUAGUUACCUGCUUUUUACAAAAGCUAAACUAUAAAAUCCCCCCAAAUUUUUUUUUUUAUGUUGGCACCUUGCAAAUUGUGAAGAUGACACCCUGCAUGGGCUCCUUAAUGCAAAUGUGCAUCAAAACAAAAUGUUUUGCAAAGUAUGCGUUAAAAAGUCAUGCUUGUGUGAUAAAAGUGUGACCCAGGCAGAAUUUAAGAUACAAGAACAUCUUUCUAAAAAAAAAAAUUUUAUAAUGUGCAUAGUUCAUACAUACCAUUUAUGCCUAUUUCUAUAUGCUCAUAAAAUCACAUAUUCAACAGAACUAUAUAGACUGAAACUCUCUGCGAUCCAGGUGCCAGUAAUCACAAAGUUGACAAAUGUCCUGCUUAGGUGCAAGGGUUUUAUAAGUCCUGUAACUACUUUGUUUUCUCUCCUUUAGUAAGAAAAAAAGACCCCUUUCCUAAUAGUAGUGCACAUAUACUACUUGAUUGGUAAGGAAGGUGUUAACACAGUUCCAAAUACUCUUCUUGGAGUCUUUUUUACUUAAAAAGACAAAAAUUCUUCAUUCUUCAUAUGCAAUGAGGUUGCGGUGGUAGGACACCAGUUUAAAACUGCCGACGCCGUAGCCUGCUGUUAAAGUGAGCAAUCUACGGAUUUUACGGAAUUCCUAUGCAAGUAUAUAGGACUUCCUGCAAAUCUAUAGAUGCUUACUAGGAGGAAGGCUUCAGCUUUACUGAAAGUUUUAAACUAGUAUACUGCUUAUUGGAGUUGCACUUUAAGCUUUGACUCAUAGCAACAGCUAGACUGCCACAUGUUGAGAUCUGUGCUCUAAAGCCUAAGUAUUCAUCAUUUGGCAGGGAAUUUAUGGGAUAUCUCUAGAUGGUGCUUGCACUGAGCCCAUACUUUGCUUUUAAUAAACAGUACUUGUGAUAUAAUUUAAGUUGAUUGUACUUUGUUUAGAAACAUUGACCAUAAGUGCUGUGUAGUUAUGGAUUAACCAGCAUCAGAUAGAGGAUAUUCUGAAACCUGAUCAUUUAUAGCCGCAUGUCUGGGAGAAGCAAUGGCAAAAACCCCUUCGAGAAGAACAAUCAGGGUUUAUUAAUGAUUUAUGGACUGACAGGUCUGGAGAAAGUCCUCGUGACCAUUUUAAUGGACAGAUAUCUUGUAAGACGUUGACCGUUUGCUUCACUGCAGGUCAUUUGUAAUUUACAUACUAUAGUAGGACAUAAUUUAUUCAUAAAUGAGGUGGCAAAUCAAGACAGAAUAUUUUAGUAGGUCUAAACAACAGAUAAUCCUCCAAGAUGAGGACAAAUGUUACUGGGAGCUCUUGUAGGGUCAAACCAUAGAGAUAGAAACAUUCCCUAAUGAGCAGAUAAUUCAUUCUUUAUUUCUUUUAAAGUUUUUUAUAGUCACUUUUUUAAUUAAAUAAUUUUAAUUAAAUGCAGUCAGUUCUGAGAAACACUUAUUGUUUUUGCAGUAGAAGGAAUGUUCAUUCAGUCUAAAUGAUGGACUACACAAAGGGUAUUAUUCAGGGGUUUUAUGAGAAUAGAAAAUAAGAAAAUAAAAAUAUAUAUUUUUUUUCUUUAUAUAAUAAAAGGGGGGAAAGUGUGUGUGUGAGAAUUUACUACCGUUUAUGUUUUUAGAAUAUUUUUAACUUUUUUCUUCAGCUAUACAUUUUUUUUUAGAUAACUCAAUUGCUUGUACGUUAUUCUGCUAUAGUAAUGCACCCUGCUAAAGAGUAUCAGAUCACAAACAAACCGGGAGUGCUCCCUUGUGUAGGAUUUAUGGGACCAAACAGAGCCUCAUAAGUGUCAGGAAAAGUGCUCACUUUUUCAGGUUGUGCAGAUUCAAGGCACAACACUUGCAAUCUCUUCAGUAAUAAUAAUUGAAUCUGGCUGCUGCAGCUUCCAAGGCUACGAAAGAAGUACAAUGAACAGAGGAUAGAGACACAUAGGAAUAGGAAGCUUCCAAUUGCGCUUCCAGCUGGAUGAAGGAGAUCGACUUCAAUAUGGUAAGUAGUAUUUUAUUACAAACACGCAAGGUCGUGUCGGACUUUUCCUCAGGCGUGU